CGACCGGGAAUAUUAGGAGACAGGCAUUUAAUCAAACACCGACAGAAUGGCAGCCAGCAAACGACCUCUAUUUUAGCCAGUUAAUGUAACUUUGUGACUGUUAAUUAUAUGUUACUGUGUCUGCAGUGUCCUCGGCAAACUGUUGGAUGACAAACAGUUAAAAGGCGACGUUUAGAUUGAAAAUGAUUGGAUUUGCAUCGAGAAGAGGCAUCAUUUCUGGGCUUCCAGUAUGGAGAUGUCUUCAGCAGCACACAACCAGAGCGCCAAACUACACAACACAUGCUCAGCUGCUGUUUCAUUCCCAAGCCUCCUCAGUAUUAAUGCCAUCCAGACUCACUUCCCCCAACAGACUGUUGAGCAUCAGGCCCAUCAGCUGGCCCGACUCACGUCUCUGCCACGGGGAUUCACAAGGCAUUUCUGAGAGAGGAGACACCAAGGAUGGUUUCAGUUUGAGGGCCCUCACCCAGGCUCCCAAACCAGCCCUGUACCUCGGUUUCUCUGGGCUCAUCCCAUUCUUGUCUGCCCCUCUCUUAAUGGCUGCGACACAGUCCUUCUACCCUGAGGUGGCAUAUGCUCAGCUGGUGUAUGGAGCCUCUAUAGUCUCCUUCCUUGGAGGUGCCCGCUGGGGGUUUGCCAUCCCUGACGGCAGUCCCGCUCUGCCUGACUGGAAGAACUUGGGCAACAGUGUGGUGCCGUCGCUCCUGGCCUGGCUUGCACUGCUCUGCAGGGACAAUGUUGCAGAAGGAGCCCUGGUAGUUAUCAUGGGAUUGGGUCUGUCUCUGCAUUACGACUUGACCCUGCUGCCUGGCUACCCUGCCUGGUUCAAAGCUAUGCGAACUAUCCUCACUCUGGUUGCCACCUUCUCGCUGGUGGCUACACUGACACUGAAGAAAUUCUGCACUGAGAAGAAGAUCACAGAGCUUCAGAACUGACCCAAGAGGACAGUUUGUACUAUGAGCCAUAUGGACUUAAUAAAAAUGUAAAAUGAA